UUGCAAAACUCCAUUGACGCAAUGUGUUAAAUUUUUAAACUUUAAUAUUUUUCGUUGUAUUUAUGGUGAAUUUUAUAAAAUCAUACAAUAAUAGUGUUGUGAUAUUUAGUGCUGUGAUUAAUGUGUUUUGAAGAUACUGUGAUGGCGCACUGCUUCUCAGCAUGAAUCAGUGGGUGCUACUGGCUCUGCUGGUAGCCAGCAGCCGAGGGGACACCGACCUUCUCGAUCAAAUAUACGAUUCAAACGCUUACAAAUGGGUGGGGGAGGGGGUGACCUCCGGUUGCCAAGCAACCGAAUUGGUAGCGAAGGUGGAGGUGUCGUGCGCCCUCCAGGGGGGCAGGAUCACCUUCACUGCGGACAGCGAGGGGCAGGAACUGCAGGUUAUGUGUGAGGACUCGACAUACGUCUGCGAUGAAAUACAACAAGCGCGCCCCUAUAUAGCGAACGGCACCUACGUCCGUCAGACUGUCAAACGCCGCGCCGUCAGACGCGUCACGUUUGACAGCUGUCAGCCGCCGGCGCCGCUGUCAUGCGCGCUCGCGCUGAUCGCCGGGAGUGACGUACAGCACGUGACCUUCAAGUAUUUAAACGUCAAUCUGACAGCGGCGCACUUUGACGGCCUGCAGAGUGUGCAGUCUGUGGUCGUUAUGAACGCGGCGCCAAACGUAACAGUACCGUACACAGCUCUAACAUCGCUUAAAUCGCUGCGAUACUUGAAGUUCACGGGCGGUGUGUCCACACCCAGCGGUGGGACUGCGCUUCAAUCGCUGAAGAAACUAGAGUUAGCAGAUUCCGUUGUGCCUCUGCUGGAGAGAAGUCUGUUCAGUGGUUCACCCGACCUGGUGGUACUGUCGCUGUGGGGGGACACUGUGGGGGAGAUCGCGGGGGACGCAUUUUGGGAUCUCCCUCUCCUGCAGAACGUGAGCCUGAACUCCAACGGGCUAACAUCCCUUCCCCCGACGCUCUUCUCAAAUUCCUCCCACAUCACCUACUUGGAUCUGUAUAAUAAUGACUUCAAUGUGAUACAGACAGACACAUUUCAAGGACUGAAGGAGAUAAAAGAGAUACGACUCUACGGUAACAGAGUACCGCUUCGUUUGGAAGAUUCCGUUUUCGCCAACCUGCCAACACUGACCAACCUCGUAUUACACGAGAACGACAUCGCCAACCUGCCGCCCAAUAUCUUCUCGAACAGCACAAACAUACAAACACUCAACCUCUCGCACAACAAACUGGCAACACUACACCCCAUAUUCGCUGGCGUCAACUUAAUCACCCUGGACUUGAGCCACAACUUGUUGCAAGUGUUGCCAGCCGACGUGUUCCGCGAUCAGACUAAGUUAAAGACGUUGGACAUCAGCCACAAUAACUUGACAGUGUUGCCUGAUGAAUUAUUCCUAACUUUGAGUUCCUUGAACGUUUUGAGGGUAGUUGACAAUAAGUUGGGACAUUUGGAUGGAGGAACGUUUGCCGGUCUGUCUAACUUAAAUGAGUUGUACUUAGAUCGCAAUAACUUGCACACUUUGCAUAGAAACACUUUCAACUUGAUCCCGGACUUGCAUGUUCUAUCCCUCUCCCACAAUUUCCUCUCCUUCUCCUCCCCUACCUAUCCAGGUUAUUCUAGCUUGGAAACCAAUUCUCCCUUCUCCAACCUGAAGGAGCUUAUCAAGCUAGACCUGAACCAUAAUAUGAUAGACAGCAUCUGGGACGAUUGGAGGAACCUGGUCAACCUGAAGGUGCUGGAUCUGUCCUACAACAGGAUCGCUGAGUUGACUGACAUCGAUCUAAACAUCCUGGGACCCACCACGGUGGACCUGCGUUACAACAACAUAACAACUAUCCGGAUUAUCGGAAUGAUAUAUAUGACCAACGCGGACGCAUCUUCCAACUCUAUAGAGAUCCAGUUGGACCACAAUCCGUACAACUGCGACUGUUCGCUUUACACCCUGCUCGAGUUCAUGAAACGCAAUCCGAGCGCGUACGGCAUCGCCUUCGGUGACGCGCAGUGUGUCACCCCGCCGGACUUAUCGGGCAACAAGUUGAGCAAAUUGUCGCCGGAUCAGUUGGUCUGCCAGUCCGCGCCCUGCCCGGCGGGCUGCACUUGCCUCGCGCGCCCGGCGUCGCUCACUUUCGAGGUGUACUGCAACAAAUCGCCGCACAACUUGACCGAGCUGUUGCCCAAUGAGUUGCCCGACGGGUUGACGUCUGCCGAACUGUUCCUAAAGAGCCCCGUGGACCUAACUUCGAUGCCCAGCUACGUUAAGCUUGUGAACUUAACCGGCACGCACUUGGCUGACCCGCCUCAACUUAAAGCACCGACUACGAUAGACUUACGCGACAAUAACUUGACGAGCGCACCAAUAGAAUUGCUUCAAAACAACUGCUCGCUAUACUUAGCAAAAAAUCCUUUCAAAUGCGAUUGCUCCUACAAAAACAGCUUAGAAGUGUUGAGAGAUUAUAGAGCGAACAUUCUAGAUUAUUCUCUCAUAACUUGCGAUAAUCUGGAAGUCAUAUCGUCUAAAAACAUAGACUCCGUGUGCGUUCUGCACUACGCCAUUUUAGCGAUAUCCGCGCUGGCCCUCCUCACGGUGCUGUCCAUAUCCACCAUUUUGUGCUAUUACAAAAACCGCGUUUUCGUCAGAAUCCUCCUCCGGAAACUGGGCUUCACCAUCGCUGACGUCCUUCCGGAUGAUAUAAAAUACGACGCAUUUGUAAGUUUCGCGCACCAGGAUGAGAAUAUCGUGACCAACAGACUUCUGCCCAAUUUGGAGGGUAGGAAGAAAUUGAAGUUAUGCAUACACACGCGCGACUGGCUGGGCGGCGACUGGAUACCGGAGCAAAUCGCUCGAUCCGUCGACCAAUCGCGAUGCACUAUUAUAGUCCUCUCUAAACACUUUAUCGACUCGAUAUGGGCUAGCUUUGAAUUUAGGACAGCGCACACUAAAGGCAGAAUCGUUAUCCUGGUAGUUGAUGACGUGUACCUAACGCCUAACCUCGAUAGUGACCUUAAGGCGUAUAUUACUCUGAACACUUACAUCAAAUUAGACGACCCAUUGGUAUGGGAGAGGUUGAACGACGCUAUUUUAGUGCAUGGGCGUGGAAAUAAAACUUUGAAGGAAGUGAAAGAUAAGAUAGCGCCGGUUCUGUUGAAUGUUAGGCUGAAUAAAGAUGGGAAGUUGGUUAACACGGCGCCCGGGGUUUUGGGGUAGGAUAAUAGGCAAUUUAGAAGCGUUAUUAAUAAAAAGUGAGGGUAUUUUAACAUGCCUUAAUUAUCCGAUGACCAAAAGUUAUAAAAACAAGAAAGAAAGGCUAUAUGUAUAGCAUAUUGUAAUAAUAUUUUUAUAUACAAAUCGUAAUAUAAAGAACGACUAGACCUAUUGAAAUGAAAGUAUUUGGUCAGGGUAGGUCAUGUGUAGGAGACAUGGGGGUUUUGAAGGUCGGUCUUGGAAGGAAAGCCUUCUGUAAAAGUAAUGAUUUCCCACCUGUGUUAUAUAAUAUACUAGCGCUUCGUCCGGUUUCGCCCUUGCUGUAUAUAUAGCUAUAUCAUGCUGGUGUGAAAUAAUUUUUGAGAUUAGCGCGCUCAAGCAAACAAAUUCGUAUAUCAUCUUUAGCCCGCGACUUGAUUUGCAAAGGACCAAGUUUCUCUUUAAUAAAAUCGCCAUUCUGCAUACAUAAAAGAUGGUACAGAGGGAACUAUUAAAUAGAUAAAAGAUAUAAAAGAAAGCAACAAUCAGCUGUAUUAAUGUCUAAUAAUGAACUUGAGUUAAUUACCGUUAAACUACACUCACUUUUUAUUAUCUACACUCUUUGCCGCCAAAUCUCAUGCCAUAAUAUUAUUAAUUGUAAAAAAAA